GGUCUGACUGGUGCGGCCCCAUCCAGAGUUUGGCUUGUCGGCCGGCGGCCGGGACGGGUUCGCGUGAAACUGGCUCCUGUCGCGGAGUCACCCCUGGUAAAGGCUGCCCUACCGCAAUCCCUGAUAAACCUCCGAAAACAGCAUAUUCGGCACCACUCGGAUAACCAGAUUUUGUGGGAACCCCAGCAGAACCUCUGGGUCACGGUGACUGACAACGACUUUGUUUGGCCCGUUGGCAUUACAGCCCAGUUAGUUACUGAUUUAACCAUCACCAUUACAAAGAAGGAGACAGUUGACAGAAAUGGAGAUCGUUUCCAGCCUAACCUUCCAAAGACCCUUCACGAGCCCAGUGCAAGUCGCCCGCCUCUCACGGCCCCCUUUGGGCACUAUACUGCUCACGUUCGUUUCUCCGGGAGUCGCGUGGGUCGUAGUAGCAAAGCGGCACCAACAGACAUAACUACGUCUGGCCCACAUAUUGGGCCCAGGUUGCUGGGCGAAAAUGAGAGUUUCAAUCUCUAUCACAACCAUUCUGCUGACGAUGGACGACUAAAACGCGUCCGUCGACAGCCCCCAGUCCGUGCACUCCCUCGCCAAGGCCUACUUGUCGUCAUUGUCCAGUUCUCCGACGGAAGUAUGCUGCCCUGGCACCGCAUCAUGGAGGUAACCUGGCAACUGGGGCUACCAUCUCCACCGUAUACACUCGUGGUCGAGAACAUGCGACCGGACCUGGUCAGGGUAGACAUGCCUACCAUGCCCCGCUCCAGUAAAGCCGUUGAGGCCACAUUAUCUGGGCUCGGUUUGAAUAAACCGCUCAGCCGGCAAAGGCGCCUGGAUGUUGGAAACGGCCUUCAUUCCAACUCCAAUACCUCCUACUUAUCUGCAUCGCCAAGGUAUUCCCGUGAGGCGGCGGGUUCGCAAUGGUUCGAGCCUCCACGCGACCAGGUCCCGCAAACCAAUCAGCAUUCCGCUGCCAAUACCUUUGCCGACAGUAAACCCAGCCAACAGAAUCCCGAGAAGAGUGAGCAGCCUCAGUGGUUUGGUCCGACGGUCGUUCUGCUGCGGGAGGACGAGUCCUUCAUUGAUCCUGUAAAAUUGGCAUCCCAAAGAACUUCUCUUACCGAAUUUUAG